AUGCAAGUCCCUGCUCUUGCUGCCCCCUUCACCCCACAAGUCAUGCCUGGAGCUGUGACACAGACCCAGGAGCUAAAGCCCAGCUGCUCUGUGUCCUGGCUGGUGCUGGGCAUGGCCAAGGUCCUGCCGGAUAACUAUUGCUUCCUAGAGAGCCUGAUGGGGAAGCAGGGAGCCAGGCAGGCCAUCAAGAGUCGGGAGAGCCUGGGCACCUCAGACCCUCAGACACUGGCCCACGUCCUGAGGGCGGGCAGUGUGCAGAGCUUCUUGAAGGACCCCCGCCUGGUCACCUCCUAUGAGCCCAUGGCAAGUCCCAGCACUCACCAGCCUCACACAGAGGAACUGCUUGUCCGGCUACAGAGCAUCCGCCAUGAUGUUCUGGAGGGCGAUGUGGUCCUGCGGGUGGAUGACAUCCCGAGCCAGGAGGUGGUGAGCAAGCUCGGGGGCUUCCUGGCGGCCAGCGUCCGGAGGGAGCUCAGGCACUGCACGGGGGGCCACAUUUCUGGCAUCCCCUGCACCAUCUCCUACCUGCACCCAGGAAACCCAGCCCUGCACCUGGACGCCAUCUAUGACCGCCCUCCCCGCCCCCCAACCCAAUACAACCACCGAGAUCAGGACUUGCCCCAGGUCCUGGGGGGGGGGGGGAGCAGGUACAGCGCCCACAAGGACGUGGUGGUCCUCACCAGCGGCCGCAUCGCCCGAGUAGGGAGGACACCGCGCACAUCCUCAGUGGCGAGGGGCCAUCGUGGUGGGCGAACGAACCGGGGCCUGGGCCUCCUGAUGCGGAGGCUAGGGCAGCCCCAUUUCCUCCUCGUGGUGCCCGUGUCCUGGCCCCGGGGGCCCUGGGCGGGGGCAGCCCGCUGUGGGAAGGCAAUGGGUGCUGCCUGUGUGGAUACGCCCGCCAGGCAGGCCCUAGAGGAGGCCCUGCGGGAACUAGCGCUGGGGACCGCGUGCCCCCCCUGCGACCGCAUGGACUUCUCCACUGUGGCUCCCAGGAGAGCCGGACUACUCAGCGCCGGUCUGCAGGCGGUGUCCCAGGACCCCAGGCUCCGGGUGCGACCAUGGGGCCCCAACCCCUCCGCGGGGCCUGAGCCUGGGGCUGCCCACUCCCACCCCCCUGCCCCCGAACUGCCCGCAGGAGAAGUUUCCCCGGCCCUGGAGGACUCCGGGUUCCAGGGGUCCAUUCUGCCGGGCCAUGAGGGCUACCUGUGCUGGGGCGCUGGGCCCUGCGUCCUGCGCCAGGUGUGGGGGGCUCUGCAGGCCGCGGAGCCCCUGAUGGAGGACCUGCACAGGGACCCCGCCCGGAGCGCUGUCCUGCGCGGGGCCCUGCCGCUGCCCUUCCCCAGGGCCUCUUCACCACCCAGGGCCGCCGAGGAGAUGGCCGUCCUGCAGUCGCUGGGCUGGGCCACGCUGCUGGGCGAGAUCACUGUCACCGGGGCCCCACUGCACAGCGCACUGCCCCUGCUGCAGACCGAGGGCAGCCUGGUGCUCACGGUGCCCUGCUUACCUCAUCAACAACUGCAGCGAGCGCAGCUGGCCAAGGAGGCCCUGCACAGGGCCCAGGAGGUGCUGGCGUUGCACCGGGGCCUGGGCCUUGGUGAAGGGCACGCGUGUCUGCUGGAGGCUCACUAUGCACAGCCUGUCGGGCAGAGAGGAGACCUGCUAUGAGCCAAGCUGGCCAGAGCCCACCGCACAGCCAUGGGCCUGGAGUCCGUGGCUUCCCAGCUCACGGCUGACCUGUAAGAGGUGUCUGUCUGGAGACUACCAUGCUCUGGUACUGCACAGCCUCAGGGGCUGGCACCAGAGGAGGUGCCCCCUCUCCUGCCAGCUCCUCCCCCAGGAGCCCUCCUACCUCAUCGGGCCCUGUUCAAGACAGGUGCUGCCAGCCCGCUGGGCUACUUGCGCUGAGCCGUGGCUGAGCUAGAGACCAUGAGCAUCAGGCCGCAGCUGACGCUGCUGGUGUGGCGAGGCUGGUGGACACGGCCAGCCGUGCUGGUCAUCGAUCUGCGCUACAACCCUGGCAGCUACUCCACGGAGGGGCCCCUGCUCUGUUCCUACUUUCCUGAGGCAGAGCCCCGCCAGUACCUCUACUCUGUCUUUGGCAGGGCCACCUCGAGGGUCACAGAGGCGGCCCUUCCCCAGGUGACUGGUCAGCGCUACACCCACAAGGACCUGCACAUCCUGAUGAGCCACACCAGCAGGUCAGCAACGAAGGCUUUUGCUCACACCAUGCAGGACCUGCAGCAGGCCACCAUCCUCAGGGAGCCCACGGCUGGAGGGGGCCUCUCUGUGGGCAUCUACCAGGUGGGCAGAAGUCCCUUAUAUGCCUCCAUGCCCACGCCGAUGGCCCUGAGCGCCAGCACUGGCGAGACCUGGGUGGCAGGAGGAGAGCCUGACAUCACCGUGCCCAUGAGCGAGGCCCUCUAUGCCCAGGACAAAGCGGGUCUGCGUGCCAAGGUGCCCCCUCUGCUGAAGACCGCCGGAACGGUCAUGGAUAACUAUGCCUCCCCUGAUGUGGCUGCCACACUGAGCCAUCUGGAGAGCUGUUAUUCGAGGGUGACCUCUGAAGGGGUGCUGGCUGAGAUGCUGGGGCUGACCUGCAGGUGCUGUCUUGGGGCCCACACCUGA